AUGAGUACCUCGUCUCAAUCCGACAUCCUCGCCCCUGCUGUCGCCGACCCCGCCGCCCAAACCGUCAACACCCUUCUCCUCCGCACCUACGCCCUGCUGCAAACACCUCUGUCCAUCCUAAAGCUUCACCAGGCCCUCAACGCCGCAGACCAGGCCAUCGCGAUAGCGGCGCACCUGCACCGCUUCGACCUCGAGCCUCGCGCUUAUUUGUACCGUGGCCAUGUCCUCAGCGCCUGGGGCCGCUGGCGCGAGGCUCAUGCCGCGUACGUCCGGGCUGCCAGCGUGAGGGGGGUCGGGUUCGCGGGGACUGAUAUACGGGGCUUGACGAGGGAUUGUAUCACGAUGAUUGAGUUUGAGGACGCGAGGAGUCGGGAUGUGAAACGCGCUCUCGAGAUUGACGGCAAAGUAAAGGAUGGGUUGAAGAUGGUGCGAUUUAGGGACGAGGAGAUGGUCCUCGAGGCUUUUUACGAUUAUGAUGACGAUGAUACUUAUGACGAGAACGACGACGACGAAACGCAAUCUGAAGCGAGCCACUGUGGGCUCUAUCUUAUUUUGAAUGGCAGCGGGGAAGUUGUCGGUAGCCGGGAGAGUCUGCCUGAUCUGAGGAGUGUACGUGGUAGAUCUGUCAGCAGAUCGCCGACGCUAUGA